CAGGUUGUACGCGUAUAUUUUUCUUAUUGAUGCCGCCGCCGUUGUUGUGAGAUCAUACGCGUGGACAUUGGUCGUGUAGUUUGCAUAGUAUCGUGACUGAACUUUUUUACAUUUUUGGACUUAUCAUCGCCGAGUUUAAAUAGUUACAGUAUACUUGACAGAUUAGAAUACUGUCGCAGAUCGAUUGCAAGUGAUCAUUAGCUUCGGUUAAUUGUAUGUUAAUUGCGGUCCGUUUGAUUUCUUUAACAACUUGCUAAAAUACAGGACAUGAUAGAGAACAAUCUGCUUUAACGGUCGACUCACCACGUUUACUACAUGCUGAAGUGUGUCGCGUACCGCGUGCGCUGCUUAAAUGAUUCGAUUACGAUAAACAGAGAAUAAUCAAUUGACCUCGCUGACUUCUCAUCGAUGCGCUCUUCCACCGAGCAUAAUUGAGUUUAUCGGAUACCCCCGUGUGGCACCAAACCUAACGCUGAAUCUGAAAUAACAAUGUUGCGUGGGAGUUCUUGAGCACAACUUGUGUAAUGUGAAGUGUGUGAAUAACGACGCAUUACAACAAGAUUUUAAUUUUUACACCUUUCGCGUACUGAAAUGGGAAACAAAUCAAGCAGCUGCUGGUGCAGUUCUUGCUGCGGUGAUUCCUGUCGGUGCUGCGGAAAGAAUUUUGUAACAUCUCGCAAACCAGACAACCUAGAGGGAGAGGAGCUUGGUCGAUUACUAGGAAGAAGAAACCCCUUGGCCAAGCCAGUUCUGGAAAUGAAGAGCUGGGAUGAUGUAGACUCACCAUCAUUGGAUGUCCUCACCGUGAAAUCGGUAGACCUAUGUAUAGAGGAAAAUGGAAAACUUCAUCACACCCGACGGUUCGAACUGAUGAACAGGGAUGGACUAUCUGGACCGCUGGCUCGGCUGGUAGUUCGGAGAGGUCAAGUGUUUCGUCUCCGAUUGCACUGCGAUCGGCCGCUGGAUCGAAGUCGUGAUGCCGUCAGUUUGAUUUUCAGCGUGGACGAGGAGGAGAGGCCAACGCAUGGACACGGCACAUUGGUGGGUGUGGCUUUGCAGGAUUAUCGCUAUCUCAUUGAAGAUCCACUGGAAUGGGGAGCAGCUAUUGACUUUGUGAGUGGUGAUUUGCUGGAGAUAUUGGUAAAGCCAGCUGUAACAGCUCCCGUCACAAAGUGGAAGUUGGACAUCGACACGAAGCUUCUGAGCGAAGGUUUCGGAAAAAGUUACUCACUGCCUCAACCGUUCUAUUUGUUAUUCAACCCGUGGUGUAAGGAUGAUCAGGUCUACAUGGAAGACAAAGCAUUACGGGACGAAUGUGUCAAGAACGACACAACACUGAUUUGGAGAGGUUCCUACAAUCGUCUCAGGCCUUCAGUUUGGAAGUUUGGUCAGUUCGAGAAACAUGUACUGGAUUGCUCUCUAUUGCUAAUCGCCAAAGUGGGAAGGGUAUCCGCUACUCACCGGGGAGAUCCGAUAAGAGUUUGUCGCGCCAUUUCGGCAGCUGUAAAUUCACCGGAUGACGAUGGUGCAUUGCUGGGUAAUUGGAGCGGUGAUUUUUCGGGAGGUACAGCUCCAACAAAAUGGGUCGGCUCCGUGGAGAUAAUGCAGCAGUACUACAAAAAACAGAAACCGGUAAAGUUCGGCCAAUGUUGGGUGUUUUCGGGUGUUGUUUCUACUAUCGCUAGAGCAAUCGGUAUCCCUUCGCGAGUGAUCACGAACUAUUCAUCGGCUCACGAUACACAAGCCUCCCUUACCGUUGACUACUUCGUUGAUCACAACGGGAAAGUUAUGGAAGAGCUGAACUCGGAUUCCAUCUGGAACUACCAUGUAUGGAAUGAAGUUUGGAUGCAACGUCCUGAUUUGGGCAUCGGCUCGGACGGGGAUUAUGGGGGAUGGCAAGCGAUCGAUGCAACUCCCCAGGAAACGUCAGACGGCAUGUUCCGAUGCGGGCCCGCUUCUGUUAUGGCCGUUAAACUUGGGGAAGUUGCGAAACCAUACGAUAACAAUUUCUUGUUUGCUGAAGUCAAUGCCGACAAAGUAUUCUGGCGAUACACUGGCCCUGCUCAUCCGUUGAAGAUGCUUCGCAAGGAUAUGUAUGGAAUCGGGCACUUCAUCAGUACGAAAGCCGUUGGGAAGUGGGAGCGAGAAGAUAUCACAGGCAGUUAUAAAUUUGCUGAAAAAUCCCAGGAAGAAAGAGAUACCAUGAUGAAGGCGUUGAAACAAGCCAACAGUGCUUUUAGCAGAUACUAUUUGAACGAGGAUUUCAACGAGGUGUACUUCAAUUUUGAACUACGAGAUGAUAUAAAAAUUGGUGAACCUUUCUCGGUGAUUCUGCAAAUUAGAAACCGAUCGUCGGAAAGAACUCAUCGAGUCAAUGGCUCACUGAAUGUUGACACCGUUCUUUACACUGGCAAACAGCGCGAAACAGUCCUGGUUGAACCCUUUAGUAUAGAAGUGGAACCCAACUCGGAAGAAUUGGUCAAAGCUGACGUUAGUUUUGAUGAGUACUACAAAAAGUUGCGUGAUCAAGCCGCUUUCAACAUAUCCUGUUUAGCCACUGUUGAGGAUACCGACUAUGAGUUCUUCGCCCAGGACGAUUUCCGCGUUCGAAAACCUGACAUAAAGAUUAAGCUAUCAGACACUGCCAUCUCUCAAAGUCCUGUCGAUGUAACAAUUUCGUUGCUGAAUCCACUUCCAAUUUCGCUGCGUAAGGGAAUCUUCCAUGUGGAAGGAUCGGGAAUAGACAAACCACUUAUUUUCAAGCACUCGGAAGUUGGCGUAGAUGAAGUCAUAAGUAACACGUUUAGUUUGACGCCUCCGUUUGUUGGUCGGGCGACGCUUGCUGCUAAAUUUACAUCCAAAGAACUGGACGACGUUGACGGAUUUCUCGCUUUUGAAGUGAUGCCACGGCCGGAGGAUAUACUCAUGGAUAGCAGGGAAAACGAAAUCAUCGCACGAACAGAUGUUCUUGAUUAAUCUAGCCGGAAUAAGGAAAUAUGAUUUUUGAUCGAUUGAUUCUAAGUGUGUUCCUGUUCAUCUAAUUUGAUCAUUGCAGGUAUUAAUGUUCAAUACCUGACGUUUUAUAAUAAUAAUUGUUUAAGUUUUUUUGUUUGUUUUU